AUACGAAAAUAAUUAAUAAUUAUCUUAUUUCUAAUAUUUUUGGGUUACUCUGUAUUAUAUUCUAAUUUGUUUUGAUAAUUUUAUAAAUGUUGCAUUAAAUUUUACCUAUUUUUUAACCUAAUUAGCUACCACAUUCACAAAAAUGUCUGAAAAAGAUAAAUCGAAAGCAAGCAACCAAACAAAACACAUCCCAAAAGAUGCUCAAGUGAUUAUGUCUAUCAUGAAAGAAGUUGGUAUCACAGACUAUGAGCCACGGGUGGUAAAUCAGCUUUUAGAAUUCACCUACAGAUAUGUAACUUCUGUGUUGGACGACGCGCGUGUUUUUGCCAAUCACGCUAAGAAAAAGACUAUAGACCUAGAUGAUGUUAGACUUGCUGUGCAAAUGCAGUUGGAUAAGUCCUUCACGAGUCCGCCGCCCAGAGAAGUGUUGCUGGAACUCGCUAGAGUUAAGAAUGUUAAUCCACUCCCUUUGAUCAAACCACACUGUGGAUUAAGAUUACCACCUGACCGUUACUGCCUAUCAGCCUGCAAUUACCGUCUAAAAUCAGUCACAAAGAAGACAACAGCCAAGCCUCCAGUCCCCACCACUCCAACAAUCAAAACAGUCACAGCUCCCAAAUCCUCACAGAAUGUUGUUGUGAAGAGACCGCCGGGGGCCAUUGUUAACGUCAGCACUAAGGCAGCUCCAAAACCUGUCCUUAAAUUUACUUCAGGGAGUAAGGUAGUGGCCAAGCCAGCAGUGCGUGUGACUGCUGGUCCUCCGCAACAGAAUCCAGUUAAAAUGGAGAUCGAUGAAAUUUCACAGAAAAGAAAGAGGGAAGAUGAUGACUAUGAUAUGUAAAUUUAUUUAGUUUAAGAGUAAUUAAAGUACUUUUUUUUUA